AUGGUAUUCCGGAAAUUCAGGCCUCAAAAACAGUGGGGAAAGAUGGAUACACGGAUAUUUAAAAAUAUACUAGCAGCAAGGAAUAAGCGGAAAAUGCCACGGUUUGUAAUUCCUCCGGUUGUACAGGAAGCAGGAUUCAAAAUAUAUGAUCCCAACCAUCCGAACUUCUUUGCAACAGAAAAAUUCUCAGUUGUUCAUCAUCCUGCCUACAAAAUACCACAACUUCAUGAACAUCCGCUUUAUAAAUCUGUUGCGUGUUCACUUUUCGAUGGUAGCGUAGCAUUUACUGAUGGAAUCGACCAGGCUUGUUCUCUAUCAAAAGCAGUCAAAAGGAUUGGUUUUCCAGAAGCUGUUUUAAAUUUGGCUUCUAAAAUACCAUUACCUGAAUGUUUCGAAGAUCAUCUAAAUGAUUGUAUAAUGCAUGGAGAGCGAUAUGAUCCAACAUUGGAAAAAUUGCCACGUCUUUUUGAUCCUGUCAUUUUUUGGACAAAUUAUUUUCCAUGUCGUGUACACGGUACUCCGGUGUUAACAAGAGGGAAAAUAAUUUUGGAUAAUCUAUUUCGUACUGCACAUCUUAUGGCUUUGCAAAACUCGCAGUUAUUAAACCUUAGAUAUGAUCGUGAUGAACCAUUAAGUGCAAUUUUACGAGUUGAUAAUAUGGAGAAUGAAAAAAUUCCAUUCGUUCUUCGAUCAGAACCUCAUAUCAUUGUUCAGUCUCCAGAACCUCUCACACCGUGGACGAAAGCUGUCGGAUUAAGUAACAUACCGGUACCGAAUACAGCACCAAUCAAUCCUCGAAUCGAUCUCACUUCAGACCACAUCUAUAACGAUAGCGUGGUACUACCACGAGCUAAAGAGAAUCUUUUUAUUGAUACGAUAUUGUGGUGUCAUGAACAAAACCAAAAAUAUCCUUGGACAAUCGAACAGUUGGGUGCUCAGGCGAUAAUGGUAUGCUUUGGGGCGGCAGUAGCACAAGCAACACGACAUGGCCAAACUAAUUUUGAAAAUCUCGUAGAUCAACCAGUUAUUACACGCGCUGUGCAACUUGUUAAUGGUCGAUUAGAUUUAGUGGUGUUUCAGUUGAAUACACUCGAUUUAGGAGCUAAUAGUCGGUAUAAAAAUGUUGUUUGGAUUGAACCAGGUCUUCAACUGUAUAAGUCUGGAAAGUUUACAGAAAAUCUCGACGCAGUAAAAGACUUAAAUGUGGAUACUUUCAGGAAAUUCAUGGCUUUGUUAUUAUGUUCUACGCAUUUGUUUAUGUCUGAAGCACUUUUUAUUUCACAACACUUAAAAUUUCUACGAGGACAUCUUAUUACGUUACCAGCCAGUUAUCGAAGUUUUGAUUCGAAUAGAGCAGCAAUUCUUUACUUCACUUUGUCGACACUUGAUGUGCUAGGGAAGUUAGAGGAAGAGGUGGAUGCGGAAUUAAGGAGAAAACUUAUCGAGUGGAUUUAUCGUUUACAGUUGAAAAGUGAUUCUGGUGAGAUUUUUAUGAAAAAUAUCAGUGUUUUAUAG